AUGUCUGACUUCACGCAACUGGUGGCCGACUGCAAUGUGCCAGCAGCUGUCGCCUCCUUGCUUUCAGCAUUCGACGUUGCUUUGUUUGCCCGGUCCUGCACCACUUCGGCAGAGCUUGAAGAGUUGGUGAACCACUUUCUGGCUGAAGCCUCAGUUACUGAUGUAGCUGAGCGCUUUAUCACCAAAGCUUCGCUUCGCUUGCUUUUUUGCAAAUGCCGAACGUCAGAGGGCAUGGCAUCCUUGGAAGCCACUCCCACUCCCACCACACCGCUUGGGGACGGGCUUCCAGCUACUACCCCGGCUCCCCCGGCCACGCCUCCACUUUCCAGCUCUUGGCAAGAGGCUUGGCCUGCGAAGCUGAGUGGGGAGCGAACCGCGGCGCUUAGGAAGAGGUUCGAGGAGGACUACCCCACUGAACUUCUUGACGCCGAGAGCUUUCCAAGCGCCCGCUUAUUGGCCCUCACCAAUAAGAUGCUUUCCGACAAGGAGGUGCGAUGGAUUCCUUGGAAGUACCGCUUAAGCGCUCGUGCGCAAGAAGACAGUCUCCUCGUUCGGCCCAGGAAACAGGCCCGCUUUGACCUAACAGAGCUUUUUCUGGACGAGGCACCUACACGUGACAUACAUGAAGGCCCCGCUUCCUUUGGCCUCGUCACUCAGCUUCUGUCACUGGCUGCUAAUGCCAUUGCGCUCUGUCAAGGUGCACAUCUGGGCUCUCUGAAGCUUUAUAAUAAACGCUUCAUGAGGAUCUGCUUCACGAAGUACGAGGCCGCCGCCAGCUUACGAGGUCCCACUACCAUGGAAGCCCAGGCCGCCGACCGCCGCUGUUGGGAAAUCAUCGCCGACUUAGUCAAUGUGCACCACUGGAAGUUGGACGAUGCGCUUCAUGAAGUGGCCGAAGUGCGCUCUGACAUGCACAGCCUGCUUGCACCAAGGCCCUUCAUUCCCAAACCUAAGUUCGACCUGGAUAACAGCUGGAAGGCCCGCUUUACAGGCAACGGUCGAGGCGGCAAAGGCGGUGGCCGCGGCGGCAAAGGCCGUGACGGCAAAGGCGAGAAGGGCGAGCGCUUUGAGAGAGGGGGUAAAGGUGGCAAGGGCAAGGACAACAAGCAAGCCACCCCCCCCGGCAAGUGGCUUUCCACCCUCUUCAUGGAUGGCAAACGUCAGACGCUUUGCAUGAGGUACCAGAGCGGGCAGUGCAAAGACCCAGCCACAUGCCGCUACUUGCACAGAUGCGCAGAAACCCGCUUCAGCGAGCUGCGGGACAUCGCUGAGGAGGUCACGACCGUCCCGCUUAGUGUGCCGGCACAACCGUCAGGCUCAGCAGGGGCCACUUCGGCACUGCCCAAGGCACGUGCCCCAGUCUCCGAUGCAGCAUCGGCACUCAGUGAAGGCUCACUCGACUUCGCUACUUGCUUGGAGCUUCUAGCGCAGUACUUUUCCAUUCCCUUCGCUUCUUCCUCUCACUGCCCUGACAAUGCCAUUGCAGCCUCUGAAGCAUAUUUCAAUUUGGGGGCUUUCGCUUUUGACAAUGGCGCCAGGUCGGGCAUAUUUCAGUGUACUGAGCAAUUUUCAGACGUCCUUCGAUUCUUGAACGCUUUUAUGCAGCUGCAGUUCCCCGAAGCAUCAUGGAGCUCCCUCUGCGUCAGCCACAACGUUCGCACCCGCUUACACACAGAUUCUGGCAACGCUGCAGGGUCUCUGAAUCACACAGUUUCACUUGGCAACUUCAGCGGCGGCGAGGUUUGGCUUUGCCCCGCUUCGAACCAGGCGGCUUCUCAGGUACCAGCCCCCUUGGAUGCCUCAUCCGAGGCGCACAGUGCAUCUGAAGCGGGUACAGGCGAGGUGCGCGACACUUGGCACGCUCCGCUCUCCUUCAGCUGUGAAACACUUCACUGUACGCUUCCGAUACAAGGAGACCGGUGGGUAUUGACUGCCUACACUUGCAAGAGCCUAGACCGCUUUGAUGCAACGUCCCUGGCACACCUGAGGUCUCUGGGCUUCCCGCUGCCGCCGGCAACCCCAGGACACCCGCAGUCAACACAUCCCCCGCUCAAGGACACGACAUGUGUGGAGCUCUUCCUGGACAUAUGCUGCGGGGCCGCUCACCCACUUACCACGGCGAUGUCUUCAUGCGGCAUCACUUGUCUGCCCAUAGAUAUACUGGGCGAGGAGCAACUCGACCUGCUCAACGACGACACCUACGACCACUUGCUUCGGCUGUGCUUUGCUGGUAUUGUCCGCUUAGCUCACGGAUCGCCGCCCUGCAAGGAGUACUCCCGCUUGAAGCUUCGUCCAGGUGGACCCCCAGCCAUUCGAUCGCCGGAUCACCUUAAUGGCCUGCCAGGGAACACAGCUUCACAGCAGGCUAGAGUACAAAACAGCCAGAAGCUUCUAUAUCGUUGCGUAUGCCUUCUGAGAGCAGCUUUCUGUUCAGGAGCGCAUGUAUCCCUGGAACAACCCACUAACACUAUGUCCUGGCUUGAGCCUUUUGUUCAGGACAUGCUUUCUGAAAUACAAGCUUCACUGGUCAACAUCCCGGCAUGUUCAGUGGGACAGGAUAUAGCCAAAUCUUGGCUUUUCGCUUGCAGUUACAGUGAACUCCGCUGUUUGGCAAGCACAUGUUCACAUGCUGGAGGCCAUCAGUCCGUCGCAGGAGCCAGGGACGAACACGGGAACUUUUUGUCUCAGCGAACAGCGGAGUACCCGGCCCAGCUUGCCGAGAAGUUUUCAGAGAAAGCAAGGCACUUGUUUUCUUCGGCAAGACCCGCUUAUUCGGUGGCACCCUGCUCCUUGAAGUUCGCACUGGCCUCAGUUCCCAAAAAGCCGCGUUCCUCAACGCCCACAGCAGCACAGGAUGGCGGGGGCAUCUAUUCUCUGCCCGACUGGUCCCUGGGCCCAAGGUAUCAGUCCGACAGCUUACACGACCUGCGAAAGGAAUGGCAAUCCUGGUUGCUUCAAAACAGAAUUCCCCUCAGGCUCCAGCAACACGUUGCCGAAGCCAGCAAUAAACCUCUCUUUACAGAGGAAGAAACGGAGUUGCUUCGUUCUUCUUUCAAGCGCUUUUCUGAUGCUCACUCCCCGUGCCAGGACUGGAACUUCUCAGUGCAAGAAGGCCAACCCUACUGCUUGUCGGCACUGGAGCGCUUGAGUACUAUGCUGGGUGACAAGGACACUUCCCUCUUCCCAGCUUUGCAGAAGGGCGUACCUACGGGGUUUGAUGGCGACAUCCCCCGCAGCCAUACACUCCGUCCUCGUGAUCCCAACAACUCAGACGAACCCGCUGACCUGCUUGUCUGCGAAGGCAACUGGCAGGGGGCCGAGGCAGACCCGGCACUGCUUCAGGAGUUGAUCGAGGAGGAGAUUUCGGCCGGCUACAUAGAGGAAGUUCCCAGCUUGGAGGCUGCUUACGAAAGGUGGGGCAAGGAACGUGUUGCAGUGGGCCGUGUGAACAUUGUCAAGGCCCCCGGUCGCUCUGCCCGCUUGGUGAUAGACAACAGCAUCUGCAACACGAAUCAGAACUGCCAUGUGCCUGAACAGUUCUCCUUGCCCAGCCUCCAGGACAUUCAGUCCGCUUACCCUCCGAGGGAGGACGAGGAGCCGAUCUCGGGUUUCAGCUUAGAUGUGAAGGGAGCGCACAAAACUUCACUUGUGCGCGAGACAGACAGAGGCCUGCUUGGACUGAGACAACAAGAACGCCUCUUUUUCUACCGCGUCUGUCCCUUCGGGGCCACUUUUUCGAGCCACUGGUUUGCCCGCUUAGGGGGCUUUUUUGUGCGCUGCCUUCACCUACUUAUCUGGUUGUCACACGUCCUCAUGCUGUACGUAGAUGAUUUGCUUCUCUGGCAAAAUUCUCGUGCACUUCCGCUUAGUGCUUCUCUGGUUUUGGCAUUCUGCGCCUGCUUCAAUAUACCGCUUAGUUGGCGGAAAUUGCAGAUGGGGCCCUCUAUAACCUGGAUAGGGUGGCAAAUCGACUUCAAGGCUGGCUGUUACACUUUACCGGAGCUCAAACGCUUGAAGCUGCUUGGCCAGGUGGAGGAAUGUCUUCGGCACCGACUUGUCAGCCGCAAACAGCUGGACAAACUGCUAGGUCUGCUUCAGUGGAUUUUACAUGGUCUCCCCGCUUUACGCCCCUGGCUAUGCACUCUGUAUGAUGACAUGCAUAGACCACUUGGCACCAAUGUCAGCAUCAGCCCAGUUGUUUGGCCAGGCAUCCACUCUUACUUGGACGACAAGCUUCGCUUCACAGGUUGCCCCCCGGGCACGGGCAUUUCACCUGGCUCAACGCUGCUUUCUGCUCGGCAUAAGCCCCUUCACAGUAAGGCAGACCUGGCUUUAGUCCCCGUAAGCACAAAGCGCAUGUGGCUCCGAGUUACGGACCCCACUUCCUCCAAGCGGCGCUUAUCUGAGUCCAGCAGAGAAACCCUUGCCUUCUUUGCCCACUUGAGCUCCAGGGACUGGCGGCCCAGGCCACUUCGUCCACCACCUACCAGUUCGGUGGAGUCGGCCGCAGACGCUUUCGGCAAGGGCAAUGAUUGCGGCGUGGGAGGAUGGCUCCUCCUCCCCAGUGGACGCCUGCUUUGGUUCGCUCACCGCUACACUGUCAAAGACUUCCUGGACUUAGGUCUGCCCAUGCAACCAGACGCCAACUUGGACAUCUCCAGCUACGAGACAUUGGCACAGUGCUUUGUGCUUUUGGCUUUUUGGAAAGCCCAUGGUUCCGGUCGCUUGGCUUUGACAUUACCAGCUUUGAGCGAUAACAGUGGUGCAGAGUCAGUGUGUAAUAAGCUUUACACCUCCAAAGUACCACUUAAUCUUUUUGUUCGCAAGCUUUCGAUGUGGAGCUCGAUUACCGGUGUCACUCUGGACUGCAGCCAUAUAGCUGGGGAGAAGAACGACGACGCAGACCUGCUUUCGCGCUGGGACGGCCUCACCGAACUUCCAGACAAGUUCCUGCCGUCAAACCGCAUCGAAAUCUCGCUUUCUGAGUUCUGGCUCAUACGCUUUCAAGUGACACUUUUUCCCGCUGACGUAUUUUUAAAAUGGCAGCUUCCGUCAGCUGCCAGCCUGGGCCCAACAAACCGUGGCUCCAAUAAGCGCAAGUAA